AUGGACAUCCCGACCAUCCGUGCCGUGAUAAGGGACCUCAUCGGGGCCGGUAGCGAGACCUCCGCGUCGACGCUGCAGUGGGCCAUGGCGGAGCUGAUGCGGAACCCGGCGGCGCUCAGGAGGGCGCAGGCGGAGGUGCGCGGCGCGCUCGCCGGGCAGAGCCGUGUCGGGGAGGAGUCCAUGCAUGAGCUGCCGUACUUGCGGAGGGUGAUCAAGGAGACGCUCCGGCUGCACGCGGUGGGGCCGCUGCUCCUCCCGCGGGAGUGCCGCGAGCCCAGCCGUGUCCUCGGUUAUGACGUGCCGCAGGGCGCAAUGGUGCUGGUCAACGCGUGGGCCAUCGGCCGGGACGAGGCGAGCUGGGGCCCGGACGCCGAGGAGUUCCGGCCGGAGAGGUUCGAGGAGGGGGCCGCCGCGGCGGUGGACUUCCGGGGUGCGGACUUCGAGCUCGUGCCGUUCGGCGCGGGGCGGAGGAUUUGCCCCGGGAUUACGUUCGGGCUCGCCAUCAUAGAGCUCGCGUUGGCGAGCCUCCUCUUCCAUUUCGACUGGGAGCUCCCUGGGGGCACGGAUGAGCUGGACAUGGCGGAGGCGUUCGGGAUCACGGCGAAGAGGAAGAGCGACCUGUGGCUGCAUGCCACCGUCAUCGUGCCACCUAAAUAA